GUAUCAUGUGCCGCGGAGGGAGGAGGAGAGAAGCUGUGUGAGCAAGCAAGGGUGCAGCCUGGCCCCACGGGGACGGGACGGCUGGUGGCGCGGGGCCCUGGGAGACCUGGAGUGCCUGCAGGGGGUGGGGACAAGGCCGCGGGCCCACCAUCAGCACCAUGCUCCUGGGGAUCCUCGUGGUGCUCUGCUUCAUCCCCGCUGCCGAUGUAACAGAAAACAAGAUUUUAGUGGCUCAGCAUCCUCUGCUCAUCGUAGCCAACAAAACAGCAAAUCUAGUCUGCAACUACUCAUACAAUGGAACAGGGAAGGAAUUUCGAGCCUCACUGCACAAAGGAACAGACAGUGCAGUUGAAGUCUGCUUUAUUUCAUGGAACAAGACCAAAUCUAGCAGUAAUUCCAAUAAAGAAUUCAACUGCCAGGGGACUUUUUAUGAAGACAAAGUAAUCUUCAAUCUUUGGAACAUGAAUGCCAACCAAACUGACAUCUACUUCUGCAAAAUUGAGGCCAUGUAUCCACCUCCAUAUGUCUACAAUGAGAAGAGCAAUGGGACCGUCAUUCACGUGAAAGAGACACCCAUCCAAACACAAGAGCCUCGGUCUGCAAUUUCUUACUGGGUUAUGGUGGCAGUGACGGGACUUCUUGCUUUCUACAGUAUCCUAAUAACUGCAAUCUUUAUUAGCUACUGGCAAAAGUCCAAGAAGAACAGGUACCACCAGAGUGACUACAUGAACAUGACUCCCCGGCAUCCACCCUACCAAAAGAACAAGGGUUACCCAUCUUAUGCACCAACACGAGACUACACUGCAUAUCGCUCCUGGCAGCCGUGAUAGCCACCAGCCGACCCACCACUAUCCUCUUGUGCUUCUAGGCAGUCACUUGCUCUUGGACAGGGAAGGACAGCUUGUCAUUUUCUCAUCAUGUUUGUUAUUACUGACCAUGGAUACCUACACCAAAGCAAGUAUUGGCUAAACUUCAGUGUUAUGCAAAAAGAAAAGGGGAAAAAAAGGGGGGGGGGGAGGGGGAGUAAAAAAGGAUUGUUUUCCAUGAUGGCUGAAAAUGAGAUGCAGCUUGUGUUGAGGGUUGUCAGUGGGUAAGAGAGAAGAAUGGCAUCAGAUCUCAGAGCUGGUCUCCUCUUAACCACUGGUGGUUUUGUUCAGCUGUUGGGGGAACCAGAACCAGAACAUCUGACCUUUCCCAAUAACUGCUCCCUUAGAUUUAGCCUGUAAUUUCUUUCCCUGAAUGUCUAAUCCUCAGAAACCAUUGUUGCUGUUAAAUAUGGAAAAUGGGGAAAAAACAAACAGUCUUCCCUCUGAGAGCAGGGCACAGUUUGAAAGUCAGGACAUGCUUGAAAGAGAUGGAAAAGUCAGCCAGAAGGCAUCCAAGCAAUUAGGCUACAGUGCAAAUGGGCCGUCAGGACAAACCAGGACUGAAAGAAAAUGACUCAACAUUCAACAUGUGAGUCUUUAGGUUGGACACUUUGUAAAUGUUCACAAAGGCCAUUUGAAGUCAUAACCAAGCAACUCCACAGAGCAUGAAACCAAUGCAUCUGAAGAAAAAAUCAGGCAGGAGAGGAAGGAAGAUCUGCUGUCAUCAUGAAAAGUCCCGUUUGUUAUGUUUGCCUACAGCAAGGGAACACAAAGCAACAUGGGAAGCAUUAGAAGAUACGGAGGUCAGAUUUGGAGGAGAACUUUACCCUCAUUUUUGAAUUUUUGUUUCUAUCCAAAAGGCACUCUGCUGCGUCCUCCUGAAAAUACAUCACUUUUUCUGGUACCAAGGCUGUACCAGAGCUCUUUUGAAAAUCGGCAUCCACUUAUGAGUGACUAAAGAUCACUUGAAUUUUUUCCUAGUAAGCAACCAACGUUUUGGGUGCGAGAGGGUCCCCAGGUCCUACCAUUGUGAACAGAGACUGCUCCAGGCACUUUGAACUUUGUGCUGACUGAGGGUUACCUUUUUAUCUAAAGAUGUUCUUUAGGGAUGCUCCGUGCUGGAGUAGAAUGAAGUCUUCAACAAAAACCUGCUUCAUACCUUUAAUUAAGCAUGUUUACAUUAACAAGGCAUCCUAAACUGUAAUUGGGGUUGUCUUAGCAUAAAGUCCCUUUUCAUACUGAGGAGAUUAGAUUUAUUUUAUAGACUACUGAGUAAACAAAUAAAAUAAAAAUAAAUCCAUACUCCCACUGAAAUAAAAUUGGGAUUGUUCAAAAUUU